AUGUUAACUAGAGGGAUUAGUAGCAAGGAUUUAAUCACCUCUGAAAGCUGGUGGCAUGGUCCUGAAUGGUUGAGGAACGUGGAAAACCUUUGGCCCAAAGAAAAGGGAUUUCAACAUGGUUCUAUAGAGCCAGAAAUUGCAUCUGAAUUUAAAUCCGGCGUUAUAAUUAACACAACUAUUGUUCAAGAAAAAAUAAUAGAUCCAGAAACAUUUAGCUGCUUACUUAAAUUGCUAAGAGUGACUUCUUGGAUAUUGCGUUUUGUAAAUACUCUUAAAAAGAAAAAUGUUGAAAAGGGUUCUCUUACUUCAGAAGAACUUUCCGACGCAGAAAUGCUUUGGGUGAGAAUAGUCCAAAAACGACUGUUACUCUAG